UUGUUUGUCUGCUUCCCGCCCAAUGAGAUAACAUGCAUCAUCCAUGACCUUAGCAAUUAGAUGCAUCGACUUAUAAAUUCAAUCAUAUGCCUCUCUCUUAAUAUCAAUUCCUUCACAGUCUCCAAUCCUCAAAAGAUCCAUGGAUAACAACGGAAGGCUUCAUAUAGUCAUGCUCCCAUGGCUGGCCUUAGGCCACCUCCAAACAUUCUUGGAGCUCUCCAAACGCAUAGCUCAAAAGGGUCACAGGAUCUCUUUCCUCUCUACUCCUAAAAACAUCCAAAGACUCCCCAAAAUCCCCCAACACAUAUCCCCGCUCAUAAACCUGGUACAAUUCCCUCUACCUCCGACCGAGAACCUACCCGCCGGUGUUGAAGUCACCAUUGACCUCCCAUACGACGACCUUCGCCCAUACCUCAAGAAAGCGUUCGACGGUUUGCGACAAAACGUUCUAAACUUCCUACAAGAAAACUCAAAUCCUCCUGUAGACUGGAUUAUAUAUGAUUAUGCUGCGUAUUGGAUCCCCAGCGUGUCUGCUGAAUGUGGCGUGCCGUGCGCCUAUUUCAGCACCUUCAACGCGGCGACCCUAGGCUUUGUGGGGCCACCCCAGGUUCUGCUUGGAAAAGAAGAUCAGAGGACGACGGUGCAUGAGUACACUGUGGCGCCCAAGUGGGUCCCGUUCCCUUCCAUCAUCGCCUACAAGGAGUACGAGGCUCGACAAGAGGUGGAGCCAGCCAUCAAGCAAGACGCAUCAGGCGUGAACGAGCUGUAUCGGUUUGCAUUGACGAUAGAAGGGUGCGAUUUCUUGGCCAUCAGAAGCUGUAUCGAGUUUGAACCAGAAUGGUUGGAACUCAUAGGAGAGCUAUUCCACAAGGACAUUGUUCCUGUUGGAAUGCUUCCUCCUAUAAUUCAAGAAGACAGCAACGAGAAAGAAUGGGAGAGUACUUUUAGGUGGUUGGAUCAACAAGAAGCAGGAUCAGUUGUGUAUGUUGCAUUUGGGAGCGAGGCUAAGCUAACAAGUGCACAAGUUGAGCAAAUAGCCAUAGGACUAGAACUCACCCAAUUGCCAUUCUUAUGGGCAUUCAGGGCAGGAAAAGCGCCAGAGGGGUUUGAAGAGCGAACAAAGUGCCGAGGUUUUGUGUGCUUUGAUUGGGUACCUCAGAUUCGUAUCCUAGCUCAUCGGUCAAUUGGAGGGUUCUUGACACAUGGAGGAUGGAGUUCUAUAGUCGAAGGGAUUUCGUUCGGGCUGAAAAUGGUGGUUCUGCCAUUGAUGUUCGAUCAGGGGCUUAAUGCUAGGAAUCUAGUGGAGAGGGGAGUUGCUGCGGAAGUGCCGAGAAAUGUGGAGGAUGGGUCUUUCACAGGAGAGGGGAUUGCUGAAAGUUUGAGGUUGGUCAUGGUAGAAGAGAAAGGGGAGACUCUUAGAGCCAAGGUGAGAGAGUAUAGAGACACAUUUGGCGAUAUGGAGAUGCAAGAUAAGCGUCUAGAUGAUUUCAUCAAGUACCUACUGAGUCACAAACAGAAGAAAGUUUUGUCGACAACGGUGUAAUCCAUUUAUAUGCUCUGAGCCUCUGAGACCACUUGCAAAAUGCAAAUUUCCAUCCAAAUACCGUACAAGAAGAGAAUGUAAUCAAAAUGCAGAAGCAACUAACUAAGAAUAAACGGAAAUCAAAACUAGCAAUCUUAUUUUAUAUAGAUAUCAGUGGUACGCGUUCAGUAUGUAUCCAUGUAUACAUGUGUGUGCAUAGACACUAAAUACACAAGUGAACGCGUCUGUGUCUGUAUGUGUACGUACACGCAUACUGCAAUUUUUAGUUCCACCAAACGCAUGGUUCCAAAUAAGGGCCACCCUGCACUGCAGACAAAUUUCUUCUCAAAAGUGCUCGUUCUUUAAAAAAGCCAAGAAAAACCCUAAAAGUUAUCCUCGUUUUGUCAUGGAGGUAUUAUACAGGUUCUCUCCGAAUAUUUUCUCAAGGAACCACCUGCAUGUGGUGAUAAAUGGCUCUAUAUAACAAUUGACGCUUCUAUUGAUUAACGAUUCAAUUCCAAUUAUCUCAAGCCAUCAAAAAUCUUCCUAUAGUUUUACUCUCCGAGCACCGUCCAUUAGCUUAAAU